AUUUUUAAUAAUUUAUGGGCGAAGUAUUAUUUAAUAAUUACAAUUUAAAAAAACAAAGGAGACAAAUCGAUAAAUCUCCCAAAACUCUAAAGGGAAAAUCCCCAAAAUCUCUUACUAAUGGCCUUUCACGUAGCUUGCCCAACUACAUGUCGUCGGAUCUGCUUUUGUUCGCUAGGGUUUCCUCAAAGUCUCCAGUCUCCGGGCUCCGUGAAUGGCUUCUUGCAGGAAGCGAUUCGAGUCGAGGAGUUUUUGAAAGAUCCUUGGGGCGUUAGGGUUUCUCGAGAAGGGACCGUGCAGGUUCCGGUUCCUAAACUAGCGCCGGUUGCGGCUGGGGAUGGAGAAGGUGCUGCUGCGGUCGAGAAGUCGGCCUCGGUGUUGGCUCAGACGAGAUGGCUGGCGCUUCAGAGAAAGGCUGCUGCCACGAUGGUGGCGGCGGCUGAGGAUUAUUCUGGGAAGGUUGAGUCGGGUUAUGUUGCGGUUGCACCAAUAAAUUCUGGUCUAGAAGAGCAAGGUCAGUCAAACAAAAAUGUAAUGUGCCACAUGUGUUUUUUGGGUGAAAGCGAAGGAAGCGAGAGGGCUAGAAGGAUGCUCUCUUGCCAAAAUUGUGACAAGAAGUACCACAGGAGCUGCUUGAAAUAUUUGGUACAACAUAGAGAUUUGUUUCAUUGGAGUUCUUGGACUUGCCAUAAUUGUCGAACCUGUGAGGUGUGCCGAAGUACGGGAGAUCCAACUAGGCUCAUGUUUUGCAAAAGGUGUGAUGGUGCAUACCAUUGCUAUUGUCAACAUCCACCUCACAAGAAUGUUUCUUCUGGGCCAUAUUUGUGCCCAAAACAUACAAGGUGUCACAGCUGUGGAUCCAAUGUCCCUGGAAAUGGUUCCAGUGUGCGGUGGUUCUUGGGAUACACUUGUUGUGAUGCUUGUGGAAGGUUGUUUGUGAAGGGAAACUAUUGCCCUGUAUGUUUGAAGGUUUACAGAGACUCUGAAUCAACACCCAUGGUCUGCUGUGAUAUUUGCCAGCGCUGGGUGCACUGCGAGUGUGAUGGCAUCAGUGAUGAAAGAUAUCUGCAGUUUCAAGUAGAUGGAAAUCUCCAGUAUAAAUGUGCAGCAUGUCGUGGAGAGUGCUACCAGGUUACAGAUCUUGAGGAUGCUGUCCUAGAGCUUUGGAAGAGGAAAGACAAUGCUGAUCGAGACCUUAUUUCUAGUUUGAGGGCUGCUGCAGGGCUGCCAACUCAAGAAGAAAUAUUUUCUCUCUCUCCAUUUUCAGAUGAUGAGGAAAAUGGUCCGGUGAUGUUAAAAAAUGAAUUUGGGCGUUCCUUUAAGUUCUCUCUCAAAGGUAUAGCUGAGAAUUCUCCGAAGAAGAACAAGGAAAGUGGAAAGAAAUCUUCAAGCAAAAAAUAUCUUAAGAAAAAGACAAAUGAGACAUCUUUGAUUAGCCAGGGAGAAUUACAACUGAGUUUUGAAAGGAAUCAGGAUAUUCCUGAAGCUGUGAUUCAGAAAGAUGAAGGACAAGAUAUUUCUUCUCCUGUUGCUGGAAUUUGUUCUACCAAUCGGCUAGGGAUUUUGAAAUAUAAGGUGGCAGAUGAGGUUAUGGUUAGUGAUGAAGAUAGAAAAUCUUGUGUACUUAAAAUUAAAAGUAGCAAACCACAUGAUGUAGACCGUGGAGGUGAUAAUGGAAAACAUGAUAGCAAGUCAAAUACUGUGAAAGCAAAGAGGUUGGUCAUAAAUCUAGGUGCACAAAAAAUAAAUGUUACCAACUCUCCAAUUUCUGAUGCUUCGAACUCUCAAAAAGAACAAAAUGUGAUUUUGCACAAUGGUGUUCAAGAUGCAAAUCAACAGAGAGUAGAUUACAAGUUUACGCCGGAUAGGUGUGACAGUACUGCUAAAUCUGGUGAUGGAAUCAAAGUUUAUCGCUCCAAGUCAAGAGGGGUGAAAAUUGCUGGAACAGAAGGGAAUGUGAUAAAGUUUGGGAAAAUUAGGCCAGAAUUUCCUGAAUUGGGAUCCAAAGUUGAUGCAGCUAAAGGUUCUGAUGGAUAUGAAAUUGUUCCUAAAAAACAAGCACAUGUCACAUCAGGAGAAGGAAGCAUUGAUUUAAUUAGGCUUGAUGCUGUGCCUUCAGGUGAGAUUACCAUUCUAGGAGGGAAUUUGAAGUCAGGAAAGCGGUUGGAAGAAAGGGCUGAUAUAUAUGGUGAAAGAAAUGAAGAUUAUCGUCACACACCUCUGAAUUCUUUGCCAAAAGAUCCCAAACCGUCUCUCAAAUUUAAAUUGAAGAAACCUAAUCUUGCUAAUCAGAAUUUUAAUGCUCAUUCUGAGGAAGACAAUAGUUCUAUAAAAGGCCAAAGGUCUAAAAGACAGAGACCAUCUUCCUUCAUGGAAAAAUCAUUGUUUAAUGUUGAUGAAGAUCUCGAUGUCACAGAAACACAUCAAAACAGCUUAAUGGAUGGUAUGAUGGAUGCGAGUUGGAUUUUAAAAAGGCUGGGUAAAGAUGCAAUUGGAAAGAAAGUAGAAAUUUAUCAGGCAUCCGACAAAUCAUGGCAUAAGGGAGCUGUUAAUGGUAUCGUUGAUGGCACAUCCGUCGUAUCUGUGAUGCUAGAUGAUGGUAGAGUAAAAAGCUUAGAACUUGGGAAGCAAGGCAUUCGUUUUGUUAUUCAGAAACAGAAGAAACAAAAAAAUUGAAACUGAAUGGCUAGUUUAAUUCUUUGUGGGUGGAUUUGUUGAAAAUUUUCUGUUUCUGGAUGUGGCAGUUCUCAGGUUGUCAAGUCGCAAGGCCUUCCUUCUGUGGUUGUGGAUGAAAACAAACAACUUCAAGCAACCCAUUCAACCACAGUUGGGGGUGACAAGUCCAAUAGCAGCCAGAAUCCAACACAAGCACCUGAAUCGAAGCCAUUUUGGAUGAAAAAGUAAUGGAAUCCUCUGCAUACCCCCUUUACAGCUUCCCGAGCUCCAGCUUCACUUAUGAGAUUUCUUGAAGGUUGCAUAAACGUAGCAGAUAGAAUUUUGAUCGAGUCUUAGUAAAGUACGGAGAAAUACCCAUAUCUGAGUUCUGAAUGCAAUAUUUGAGAAACAAACUAAAGGGUCUCCUAGAAUUGCCCAUCUAAGACUUCGUGGCUGCAAAUGCUGCUAAAGGAGCUGGACAGAACAGAAGAGGGUGCAACAAUGGCAGGAGGAUUUAAUGUUUGCAGCUGCUGUAAUUUGCUAGGUUGCAGGAGUUGUAGCAGGAGGGAGGUUACCAAACAUGGCGCCAUAUAGGCCGAUAAGUUGU